UUGUCCGUUGAGUCGCCGAAAGUAGUUAGCUGAGGCGGAAGGAGGAGUCUGUGGCGGUCCGAGGGGAACAUCAUGUAGUUUAACACAGACUGGGUGACUUUUAACGUUUAGACCUCGGUGCUUCUUCUCUUCGCUUUCACUUGGAGACUCAUAUGUGUUUUUAACGUCCAACCAACCGACAUUAUGUUCCUGCGCGGAUCUAAAAAGCGACGGUCGAACCGCUCGCAGGAGGAAGAGGACCCAGACAAAGGCCAGCCGUGUAUGCGCUGUGGGGACCAGUGCCCCGGCUUCCGUGUCCAUGGCUGGAGGAAGAUCUGUGUGCACUGCAAGUGUGUGCGAGAGGAGCAUGUCGUGCGCUCGGUGCCGGGCCAGCUGGAAAAGAUGAUGACGAAGCUGGUAUCAGACUUCCAGAGACACUCCAUCUCUGACGACGACUCGGGCUGUGCCUCCGAGGAGUACUCAUGGGUCCCACCUGGGCUCAAGCCCGAACAGGUAUACCAGUAUUUUAGCUGCUUGCCAGAGGACCGGAUACCUUAUGUGAACAGUCCAGGAGAGAGAUACCGAAUCAAACAACUGCUGCACCAGCUUCCAGCCCACGACAGUGAGCCGCAGUACUGUAACUCUCUGGACGAGGAGGAGAAGAAGGAGCUGCGUUUGUUCAGUCAGCAGAGAAAACGGGAAAACUUGGGCAGAGGCGUCGUCAGACUCUUCCCAGUAACGAUGACGGGAGCCAUCUGCCAGCAGUGUGGCAGACAGAUCUGCGGUGGCGACAUAGCAGUGUUUGCCAGUCGGGCGGGACAGGGCAGCUGUUGGCACCCUCAGUGUUUCCAGUGUGCCUCCUGCAGUGAGCUGUUAGUCGAUCUGAUCUACUUCUACCAGGACGGACAGAUCUACUGUGGCCGGCACCACGCUGAGAGGCUCAAGCCUCGCUGCCAGGCCUGCGAUGAGAUUAUUCUCGCUGAUGAAUGCACAGAGGCAGAAGGAAGAUACUGGCACAUGAAGCACUUCUGUUGCUUUGAGUGUGAGGCUGCACUCGGCGGCCAGCGCUACAUCAUGAGAGAGAGUCGGCCAUACUGCUGCUCCUGCUAUGAGUCACUGUACGCCGAGUACUGCGAUACCUGCGGAGAACACAUAGGUAUUGACCAGGGCCAGAUGACAUACGAGGGUCAGCACUGGCACGCGGUGGAAGCGUGUUUCUGCUGUGCCCGCUGUCAGCUGCCUCUUCUCGGCCGUCCCUUCCUCCCUCGAGCGGGGCUCAUCUUCUGCUCCAGGUCCUGCUCGCUCGGUGAAGACCCCAACAACUCUGACUCCUGUGAUUCUGCGCUGCAGAGCAGACCGCCUCAGCAAAGACGCUGCGGGAACAUAGAGAAACACCAGCAGCCACAGUGUGGUUCUCCGCUGCAGCCACUAGAGGGCGUCAGACCCCCUAUAACUCCUGCAAAAGACUGCAUCCAUGCUGCAGUGGAGGACAGAGGUGUCCACUGCACUGCUCCAGUUCAAAACGGACUUCCUUCACCCGGUGGUCAUCCUCACCCAAGAGGCUCCUACUCACCUCUUCCCCACAUUCAUCUAGGAAAUGGCUUAGGGCCAUCUUGGCCCAGCGACCUUCCACAUUACAGUUUACUGCCAGAGGACUGUGGGAUCAAACUUCCUGUCAGUGGUCUUCAGUUCCAGGGAGAGCUGAAUGGAGGUACUGGAUUAACAGGUCUUAAUUCAAGAGGAACCUCGACUGCUAAAGACUGCAGGAACUGGGUGGAAAGGACAAAUCAAGUUAUGCAAGUGUUUCCUCCUCAGAAAAACUCCCAUGUGAACCACCUCAUCUCAUCAGACUCACCUCCCCUUCCGCUCGACAAUUCCUCCAUCUUCCCACCUCCUCUGCCCGUUAAGUCUCGUGACUUGAUGCCCGGGGAGUCACCCCUGCCAAACCUCCCCCCACCGGAGGAGAGACCCGCUGAUCCUUUACCGCCGCUGUCUCGCAGUGGCACAGCGAGGGUCAGCUUUAGAGAACCAAUCAGCAGCAGCUACUCUGUUGAAGAGGAUGAGGAUGAAGACGAGAAAGAGAAUGAGGAGGAGCUGCAAGAGGGCCAGGAAAAUGAGGAAGAGGUGGAAGAUGAGGUGGAGGGGGGCUUCGGAAGCAGGUUGCAUCUACAGAAAGGCAUCCCACCGCAGAUGGAUCUGCUGGAUGGAUCCUCUUAUCACCAGCGGGGUCUGCGGCGUGGGUGGAGCCGUUGUCGUAUCCCCUCUGACCCUGCUCUCCACCCUGGAGCAGAGAGGCGCCACCGACACUCUCGGUCCGAACGGCCUCGACUGGACACCCUGGACCGGAGGAGCGAGCGAGACAGGGACAAGCGAGGCUCUUCCAACACUUCCUCACUGACCCUGCAGUCAGGCCAGUACAAACAUGAAGACUGUUCUACUUGCUCCUCAUCUUCAGACUCAGAGGAAGAGGGCUUCUUUCUGGGACAGCCCAUACCUCUGCCCCCCCAGCUCCGACAACAGCCACCCGAGGAGGGCAAAGACAGAGAGGGGGAACAAGAGAGGGAGGUGCAGAGAGACAGGGGACUGAGAGGCAGCAUACGGAGGAGAAGAGCUCACAGCCUUGGUGCAAAGGACAAAGAUAAAAACUGUGCCAUCUCCUAACCCCCAACUGCUAGCGACUGCGACAUACAGCGUGUUGUUUUCUAAAUUAUGGUGCACAAGAAGGACAAACGGCCCUUCAUUACUCCGGCGUUCAAGCUGUUUUACGAUGCCGAUGUAAAUCCAACACACACUUGCAAAAUUUCCAAAGCUGAAACACUUUGUUCCUGAUACUUUACUUGGCAAAGGGAAGAAACCUCAGAAGAGUCACCACCUUCAAAGAGCAAUUUGUAAGAUAUGGUCAGAAUUUAAGCUUAAAACAUUUCAAAAAUCUUCAACAGAAUAUGAAGAAAAAACAGUUUGUAAAAUAUUGUCGAUCUAGACAAACUCUAGGGCCUCUGGCUCCACAGCUAGCUACAGCCAAGAGCUAAUCAGCUAACGAUAGCUUGCUACUGUCAAGGACAGCUAGCAAAGAGCAGCAGUUGUGGGUUUCUCAGCUGUCCUCUAUGUUUUUGCAGCUACCUUCAAAUUCUGGCUGUAUUCUGCAAAUUACUGUCUAUAAAUUAAUCCAUUUUUAUUUGUGUUGCGCCAGUUCACAUCUGAAGUUAUCACAUGACACUGUCCAGUUGGAGCAGGUCGAGAACAUACUCUUUAAUUAAUUUUAAUGAAUUAAUUUAUUCGCUACUCUUCUGACUGUUGGAUCUCUGAAUUACAAUGUACAAAAUGGUGUAUGGACCAUGUGACUAGUGAUGAAUGUGGACUGAUUAUUGUUAUAAUGUGAUGGGAUUAUAUAUUUAAAAAAUCCAAGAGAAGUCACACCUGUGCUGCAGUUUGUUUGAACACUAACUGCUGUUAUCCUGAAGUGAAAUAUUUAACAUCACCAUCAUUUACAUAUGCAAACUCACAGCAGCACGUAUGACCAGGAGCUGACUGCACGCAAAGAAAUGUUAAAUAUGUCUUAUUUUUAGUCUACUGUAACAGUGCCCCGUGCUCUUAUGUGCAAGUUUAUAUGGCUGUGAUAUCUUACAGUUCUGAACACUAAAUGGCCAAAUAUUAUGGGAUGGAUGGCUUCAGUAAACUGUGGUAGUUCUAUGCUUUUGAGAUCAUGAAUGUGAAGUUCGUUGCAUGUGUUGUAUAGUUUAAAAAAAGUACUGCAAAGUCUGUAAACUUUCAUGUUUUUAAUCAAAAAAACACUUUGAAUGAUGAGCUCAGUCAGAAAUGAUAUUCAGUCAGUAUCUACUCACCCUCAUGCUGACGGAAAGUUGGCAAGCAAGCAAAACAGUAUUGCAGCGUUCUUCUAAACAGUUAAAAUAUACAAGGACUGAAAUCGAACAUGAACAUGAAACGGCUUCAUGCAGCUCAUCUAGUGUAGAAGACGUCAUUUACACCCUUUUUAAGCCAAAAUACUCGCUGUGGCUGCUAAGCUACACUUGUUAGCGUACACUCUGUCUGACAUGCACGCACAAACUCGACCACACAUUGAAGGGUAAACAAAUGUAUGUAACAUCUUUUAAAGUCAGAUUGGAAUCUCUGAAGCCAUUAGUCAUUGUUGUUUUACAUUUUAAAACAAGUCCUCAUCUACUUCAGUUGUUUAGGAGAACGCUGUAAAGAAGUGCUUUGUUUACUAUGACACCCGGCUUUGUCUCAGCGUGAGGGCGAGUAGUUAAUGUCUGAAUUUUAAUUUUUGGUCAACCCUAUCCUUUAAAGUCACUUAUUUUUAUAUUCUUGGUGUAGGUCGCUGUUCUUUCUUUUAUUCUGGGUCAAAGACAGAGAUUAUAAUGUCAGUUUCUGUUUCUGUGAAUGUAUGAGGCAACUUUAUGGUGAUAUUAAAUUUGUUUAAAUUGUU